AAUCAGGACACAGACGCGAUUACUGUCCCACUUCGUUUCCACACCUUCGACCUCUAGAGAGAAACUAGAGAGAGCUUAAUCAGCUAGUUCCAUCGCAUUGACGAGAGACCAUCUUCUUCUCCUCUUUCUCCUUCCGCCGCCGCCGCCGCCGCCGUCGCCGCCGUCCGCGGAAAGUAGAGGGAGCGGUGGGGUAGAGAGAGAGAAUUUUCCGGAAAGGGGGGGCGAUCGAAUUCGCUCGGCGCGGUUCGGCCACAAACCUAAACUCUGCUAAAGAAGCAAGAAAAACAAAGAACGCACUAGCCGCUGCUUCGGUCUUCUUGGAGAGUGGAAAAUUUCCAGGCUUUGAAGUGAAAAAGAGACGAACCCACUCCUUCGAUCGACUCGGAUGGCGUUGAGGCAGCUUUUGGGGUGGUCUGAUGGUGAGUUGAUGAGAUCAGAUUCGAAGCCUUGUUCGCGAUUGAUGAGACAAACAGCUGCCAUUUGCACGGUGGGCGGAGGCUUGGGGUUCUGGAUUCUCUGUAGAUUGCACUAUGGUCCAAGGAUUACAGUACCCAGGAGUCUCAGGUGGGCAGCUUGUGGAGCUGUAUCAGUAAGCUCAACUUCUACACUGCUGGUCCGCCUGUUCAGUCCAGAAUGUGAACCGCAAAAUAUUGCUGCUUAUGACAAAGGAAGAUAGUAGCGGUAUUCAAUUAGAGCUGUCUUUCUUCUUUCAUAUAGUGACUUAGGAGCCUAUCUUCUAGUCGUAUACUUUCUUGCUGGACUGAGAUUCUAGCGGAGUGAUGUUAAUCUCCAAGUCCGUAUGUAUUGAUUCUGCAUGAUGAAUGUUCCUCUAGUGCUAAGAUUGGCAAAUUUUCUGGUUAAUAAACAGCCUAAGUAUAUUACACACCAA